AUGAGAUAUGAUGCUAGAGGCAAACGAGACUUCACAGGGUUGCAAAAAUGUGUUGCUGCAAUUAAACUUAUGGCAAUGGGGGAGUCACCCGAUUCUGUUGACGAUUAUAUGAGAAUGUCUGAGAGGACCGCACGAGAAAAUUUGUAUUUAUUGGCAAGAGGUGUUGUCGAAACAUUUAGUGACCAAUACUUGCGCAAACCUUCGUUGCAUGAUAUGCAACAAUUAUCUGCGGCGCGUGAAGAAAGACAUGGUUUUCCGGGUAUGCUUGGGAGCAUUGACUGCACACACUGGAAAUGGAGAAAUUGUCUCGUGGCGUGGAAAGGCCAGGUUGUGGGUUCUAACAACGACGUCAACGUUCUCGAUCAAUCACUGAUAUUUGACGAUCUUUUGUCAGGAAAAGCCCCAGAUGCUCAUUUCACAGUGAAUGGAAAUGAAUAUAAGUUUGGGUAUUACCUUAGAGACGGAAUACAUCCACAAUAUUCUUCGUUUGUGAAGGCGUUUCGACACCCAAUAGAUCCAAGGGACAAAUAUUUCAAGAGACGACAAGAAGGAGUACGUAAGGACGUUGAACGUGCUUUUGGGGUUUUGAAAUCAAAAUGA